GCAAUCGUGGCGACGGCCCUCCGACUCACCACUCACACAACCUCCUCUGUAUGGAGAAUCUGCUGCUCAUGGCGCCGUAAAGUCCGGCAGAUUGGCCCUGAUGAGUUUUUGUGCUGUGCCCUGUUCCCUCCUUUGCUAGGUACCGCGUUCCCCCCCCGCCCACCUACUGGUAGCCGACUUGGACCUUUUUCGCAUUGGGUUGUUGUAGCUGCGUCCCCAUGGCCUAUUCCUCUCAUAACGUUAUUGUCCUCGUAUAAUUCUUGACUUGCGUUCUUGCUUAUAUGUUCCUUUCACCCCUCACAUCCGCCUGCCUCAAGAAACUUUCGCCCGUCCACCGUUUUGAGACUGCUGCACUUGACUGGGCUACGAAUCCGUCGAACCCACGUUCAGUGCCUGUUUAGAAACGCAUCUUGCGUAUGUUUCGCAGACCAUGAAUCUCCAAAGGGUCCCCACGGAGAAAGAGAUAGUAGAGCUAGCUAUUGCCGAAGGUCACGAUGCCGACAUACCAACAAACCUGGGCGCCUUACCCAAACACAACAAGGCUCCAACAACUGACCGACCGACAAGUCAUCCUGACGAUAAGGAAGCAGGGUUAGAAAAGGAUCUCGCUAUCUCGUCCGAGGACGCCUCCGAUGUUUCGAGUCGGGUAGCAUCGCGUAUCGAUAUUGAGGCAGCUCCCGUCGAGGGGGAGCAGAAGACCGAAGGAGGAUUGUUUGCGGGUCAACAACAGGACCCUCAAGAUGCCAACCUCGUAUGGUGGGAUGGGCCGGAUGACCCACAGAACCCAAUGAAUUGGUCUGACAUGAGAAAGUGGAUGAGCAUCGCUUUAGUCAGCAUGAUCACCUUCCUCACUCCCCUUGGAUCAUCUGCCUUUGCACCAGGCGUGCCUCAGCUGAUGGAAGAAUUCCACAACGAUUCGACGCUAUUGUCUGGAUUCGUUGUGUCCGUGUACGUUCUCGGUUUCGCCAUCGGUCCGCUGGCUAUUGCACCGCUCAGUGAGAUGUACGGACGCCUUCCGCUAUACUACGUUUGCGGUAUUCUGUUUGGUGUCUUCAAUAUCGCAUGCGCAGUCGCCGCCUCACUCACCCAGCUGAUAAUAUUCCGACUGCUCGCAGGUUGCUUUGGUGCCGCGCCGUUAGCGCUGGGAGGCGGUACGAUCGCCGACCUUGCCAGGCCGCAAACAAGAGCCACGGCCAUGGCAAUCUGGACUUUAGGGCCCACAGUGGGACCCGUCAUCGGUCCUGUGGCUGGUGGUUUUAUAUGUGAGCGUCUAGGAUGGCGGUGGAUGUUCUGGAUCAUUUCGAUUGCUACCGGUAUCGUCAUGGCGCUGGGCAUGUUGACCAUGCGCGAGACGUACGCACCGGCGUUACUCAAGCGGAAAGCCAAGAAGUUGCGCAAAUUGACUGGGAAUCCGUUGCUGAAGUCAAAACUGGAUACCGGCAUGAGCACGAGAGAUUUGUUCUUAUACUCGAUCGUCCGCCCGACUAAGAUGCUCUGCCUUAACCUCACAUGUCUCACUCAAUCGUUGUAUGUUGCCAUUGUAUACGCUUACCUAUACCUCAUGUUCACAACCGUGACCGAGAUUUUUGAGCAGCAGUACCAUUUCAGGACGGAUCUGGUCGGUCUGGCAUACAUUGGCAUGGGCUUAGGCUCAUUCCUCGGCCAGUUCGGCUUUACGUAUUUCGAGAACAGAAACUAUAGAUACCAUGAAAAGAAGGGGGACCUGAAACCAGAACACAGACUGAUAGCUAUGAUACCUGGCUCCAUGAUCUUGCCCAUAGCGCUGUUCUGGUACGCUUGGAGCGUUGAGGCGAAAGUACAUUGGAUGUGUCCUAUUGUCGCCAUGGCUUUCUUCGGCUUGGGCUUACUUCUCAUCUUCAUGUCAGCUUCGAACUAUCUCGUAGAUGUGUUCACCGUGCACGCCGCCUCAGCCAUGGCUGCAAACACAGUGCUGCGAUCUCUGUUCGCUGCCGUCAUACCCCUCGCUGGUCCAACUAUGUAUAGCCAGCUUGGCUACGGGUGGGGUGCAUCGACUCUUGGUUUUAUCGCACUAGCGUGCGUUCCUAUUCCUUUCUUAUUUCUCAAGUACGGCGAGUGGUUGAGAACGGAUCCAAGAUUCCAAACUAAACUCUAAGCGUCAUCAUCAUUUUUCAUUGAUCGGGAUCUUAGAGAAAAGGUUUUGGGCGUUUCGGCGGCGAGGUUCAGACCAGGAAAAGUUAGGGAUAUCCAAGCAUCUUUAGAGUGGUACACUUGUGAUUCAGCAUGCAAGGACCGUGUACAUCAUAGACAGCGACUAGAGCAUAAUUCAUAUGUAAAAGAUAAUACGGUAAAGUCAACUUCUUGAAUAAA